CGGUAGCGCGGCCAUUUUGGAAAUUACAAAAAAGUGUGGAGGUCAAUUUCAAAUAACGUACGUUAUGGAUGUCCGGCAAAGUAGGGGGAGUGACGAGACAAUGACACAGACGCAGGAAAACUCGCACGAUUUAGAUUCAAAGUUAUUGGGUGCGCGUCCCAUUCCGAUUGUUGUGGCCACAGAAACCCACAGCUUUGAGCUUGACGAGAAGGCUUUAGAAGAUAUUCUGCUCGAUGAGAGUGUUAGAGACAAGAAGGUUGCUGUGGUGUCGGUUGCCGGUGCAUUCAGGAAGGGAAAAUCGUUUUUAUUGGAUUUCUUUCUGCGGUAUUUGGACAGAGAAGGAGCUCAUGCAGAUUGGAUUGGAGGGGAGAAUGAAGCAUUGGAGGGCUUUUCUUGGAGAGGGGGGUCAGAGCGUGAUACCACUGGCAUCCUUCUGUGGAGCAAGCCAUAUAUUAAAGUCCUCCCCAAUGGUGAAGAGAUUGCUGUACUACUGAUGGACACGCAGGGUGCAUUUGACAGUUCUUCAACAGUAAAAGACUGUGCAACAAUAUUUGCACUAAGUACAAUGACCAGCUCCACGCAGGUGGAUGUUUAACAAAUUGACACUGGGGUGUAGUGUGCUCCAUACUCUUAUUGACAGUGAUAUUCAUUGUCACAAUGGUCAGAAUGCAACAAGUUUUGACCACGCUAAACCACUGUCAAUUUGUCUUUUAUCAGAAUGUAGUUAUCCAAUAGAGCAAUAAUAUUAUUUCAGUGGAUGACAUCUUGCCACAAGCACCGUUGUUUGUGCUCUUAUUGGCAACAGCAAAUUGGCCAAUCAGAUUGCAACAUUACUGCCAAUAUUGGUAAAAUAUUAUUCUUUUUGCAUUCUAAUAG